AGAGCGCCCGUCGUAUGGGGUAGUUUUGAAUAUCGUCUGCUCCCGACGCUUCACCUGUCUGAAAUCAUGUGAUCCAGCUAUGAUAGGACUUUCUGUUUCAAGUACCUGAUGAGGGAGGGUCGUCCGCUGGUGCUGCUGACGCUGGUGCUCGUGAGGACCGCUGGAGACUCCUACAGGAGACUCACAGCCACCCUCCGACGCUCGUCUCCCAGGACCUGGACAUGGACCCCGGGAAGGCAGAUUUGUUCGAAGGGGACAUUAUCGUAGAUCGAGUAUCCAGUAGAGACCCAGCAUUUUUGCAUGACUUAAGAAGAACCUCGCUUCGACAUCGAAGGAAAGGCAACUGGAGGAGACAUGCCCGAAGGCGGAAAGGACGUGCAGCUACAGCCAGAACGGACAGAUUGUGGCCCCAUGCAGUCAUACCAUACGAGAUUGAGGCCAACUUUAGUGGGGAGCACAGGGCCCUGUUCAAGCAAGCCAUGCGGUACUGGGAGAACGAGACCUGUGUCCAGUUUGUAGAACGAAGCCCGUCCCUCCAUCCCGACUACAUCGUCUUCACAGAGAGGGCGUGCGGGUGCUGUUCGUUCGUGGGUCGCCGUGGUAACGGGGCCCAGGCCAUCUCCAUCGGCAAGAACUGCGAUAAGUUCGGGAUCGUGGUGCACGAGUUGGGUCACGUGGUUGGCUUCUGGCACGAACACACCCGGCCGGACAGGGACAGACACGUCCAGAUCAUCACCAGAAACAUCGUGGCCGGUCAGGAGUACAACUUCAACAAGCUGACGGAGGAGGAGGUGAACUCGCUGGGGCUGAACUACGACUACGAGAGCAUCAUGCACUACGCAAGAAACACCUUCUCCAAGAGCACGGCCCUCGACACCAUUCUGCCGGUCAAGGGGAGGGGGGUCGAGAUAGGACAGAGACUGCGUCUGUCCCCCGGAGACGUGGCGCAGACCAACAGGCUCUACAAGUGCCCCGAAUGUGGCCGGACACACCAGGAGCCGUCAGGCCUUCUGCAGAGUCCUGCCUUCGAGUCAUCACCGGGACACGGCAGUGGCGUGAACCACUGCGAGUGGCGCAUCUCCGCCACUCAGGGGGAGCGGAUCUCGUUCGAAAUAACCGGCCUGGACACGGACCCGAGCUGCGAGGGCAGCUACCUGGAGAUUCGUGACGGAUAUUGGAACAAGUCGCCAUUGCUCGGUAGGUUCUGCGGCAGUCGUGUUCCAGACGAGAAAUUCAUCUCUAUCGGACACCGGAUGCUGGUCACUUACCAUUUUUCCAAACCAGGCGGAUUCUACAAGGGAUUCCAGGCCAGAUACGAGGCUCUUUGCGGAGGGAUGUUAGAACAAUCUGAAGGUACACUCCAGAGCCCGAACUAUCCCGAUGAGUACAGGGCGAACAAAGAAUGCAUCUGGAGAAUAUCUGUGACCCCCGGAAGUCAGGUGGCACUGACGUUCCAAGCAUUUGAGGUAGAGUAUCAUGACAACUGCGCUUAUGACUUCGUAGAAAUCCGUGAUGGUUUGGAAUUGCACAGUCCCUUAUUGGCCAGGCUUUGUGGCUACAAGAUUCCACCAGAGGUCAGGUCCACGGGCCACAAGAUGCUGGUGCGUUUCGUUUCCGACAGCUCUGUCCUCAAGAUAGGAUUCUCAGCAAAGUUCGUCAGAGAGGUUGACGAAUGUUCAAGUUCAAGUCACGGUUGUGAACAAAAAUGUGUGAAUACCGUCGGAGGAUACCGCUGCGAAUGCGAAAUUGGGUUCGAACUGCACUCGGAUGGAAAAAGGUGCGAAGAUGCCUGUGGAGGAGUUUUGCGAGCGGAACGUGGGUCCAUCACGAGUCCUUCGUUCCCCGACCUUUACCCUUCGAACAAGCAGUGCAUUUGGGAAAUCAUGGCUCCGCCCCACUUUCGUAUCACGCUCAAUUUCACGCACUUCGAUCUGGAGGGAACCAAU